AUGGAGAUCUUUGUCAAGACACUCACGGGCAAGACCAUCACUCUUGAAGUUGAGAGCUCAGAUACCAUCAAGACUGUGAAGGCUAAGAUUCAUGACAAGGGGAGAUUCCCUCUAGACCAGCAAUACCUCACGUUUGCUGGCAAUCAGCUCGAGGAUGGAUCCACCCUGGCUGACUACGACAUCCAGAAGGAGAGUACCCUUCAUCUUGCACACCGUUUCGGCACAGAGAUGUCAAUUUUUGUGGAGACCCUCGAUGGCGAAGAGAUCCACCUCCGGGUCAAUCCAUCAGAUACCAUCCAUGCUGUCAAGGCACGGAUUCAGGAUCGCAAUCGCCUUAUACUGGAUGGGGAGCAACUGGAGGACGACAGUACAUUGGCUGAUUAUAGCAUCCAGGAGCGGCGUUCCACUCUUAAGCUUCGUCUCGGCCUCGAAGAAAAGGUGAAAAUAUAUAUCAAGGCAUUGGACUGUUCUUUCUAUGUAUAUGGCUCGAAUACUAUCAACAGUGUGAAGGCGAUGAUCAAAGAUGAGUAUGGCAUUGAUCCAGACAAGCAGCGCCUAAUGUUUAAUGACAAGGAGCUGGAGGGUGGUCGCACUUUUUCCUAUUAUGACAUUCGGAAUGGCUCCACUCUUGACCUUGUCGUCCGUGAGAGAUCUGGAUUGAUGGAUAUCUACAUCAAGGGUUGGAGUGGAAAAACCUUUCUGCUUAGGGCAGCGAGCUCAGAUACUGUCCGCAGUCUCAUGGAGAGGAUUGAACAGGCAAAGGGCAUCCCCCUUGCAGACCUGCGCGUCACCUAUGGUGGGAAGCAACUCGAGGAUGGCCGUAGGCUGGCGGACUACAAUAUCAGCAAAGAGUCGACCCUUCAUCUUCUCGGCCGGCUCCGGUCCUGUAUGCAGAUCUUUGUUAAGACGCUCUAUGGCAAAACCAUCACUCUUGAUGUUAGGAGUUCAGAUACCAUCAAUAAUCUAAAGGCUAAGAUUCAUGAAAAAGAGGAAAUCGCUCUAGAAAAGCAACGCCUCAUGUUUGAUGGAACACAUCUGGAGGAUGGACGCACCUUGGCCGACUACGAAAUCCAAAAGGAGUCCACCCUUCACCUUGCCCCCUAUCUCGAUGGAGGGAUCGAGAUUUCCGUGGAGACCCUCAAUGGAAACAUGAUCAACCUCAAGGUGGAUCCAUCUGAUACCAUCCAUGACGUCAAGGCUAAAAUCCAUGAUCAACAACGCCUUAUCUUUGAUGGGAAGCAACUAGAGGACGACUCUACUUUGGCCGAUUGUGGCAUCCAAUAUGGUUCCACUCUUAACCUUGAUUCGCACUACCCAGAAACGAUGCAGAUCUCCAUCAAGACGCUUGAAAGGCCUUUCUAUGUUAAGAGCUCAGAUACCAUCAACAGCCUCAAGUCGAAGAUUAAAGAUGAGUAUAACAUUGACCCGGCCCAGCAGAGCCUCUUCUUUAACAAGAAGGAGCUCGAGGGCGGCCGCACUUUGGCAUAUUAUGACAUUCGGAAUGGAUCCGAUCUCGACCUCCUCCUCUGUCUCCGGUCUGGACUAAUGCAUAUCUUCAUCAGGCUACUUUCAGGAAAGAAAAUAAUGCUUACGGUUGAGAUCUCCGAUACAGUCAGCUGUGUGAAGGAGAAGAUCCACCAGGUGGAGGGCAUUCCUGUGAGAAGCCAACGCCUCAUUUUUAGGGGAAGACAAAUGGAGGAUGGCCGCACGCUUGGGGACUACAACAUCCAGGAUAAAUCCAACAUUGACCUUAUCCUCCGCCUCCUCUCAUGUGUUCAGUGUCCGGGUCACCAUCAUUAG